AUGCAACGAUUUGUCGCGAGAUCACUUAGCGUACUUCCUGUUCGUUCCUUCUCUGUAUCAUUCAAAGUGAAGUACACAGACUCAAAGGGAAACGUCAAAAACUAUGACGUCACUGCCCCGGAGGAGUCUACUUUAUUGGAUGCUAUUAAGAGUGCCGCAAUUCCCAUUCAGAAUCGCUGUGGUGGAAAUUGCACUUGCGGUACUUGCGCUGUGCUGAUGUCGCCGGCUUUGAGUGACCAGACUUUAAUGACUGCGAAAGAAAGUGGAUUGCUCAGACGGAGAGGAAAAGGAAAGGGCUAUCAUCUCGCCUGUCAGUCAAUUGUGACCAGCUUUAUGGAAGAUGAGACGAUCGAGAUUAACUAUUGCAGAAAGUGUGCUGUUUCUUGA